AUGACGAUGCAUGUUUUUGAUAAAAAUAUCUCUGGAUACAACGGUGCUGCCGGUCCCUUUGAAGCUGUCGUAAAUAUGGGCUCAGCACAACCACCACAACGCAAAGGCAGAUUCUCCCAAUAUGCGCCGAACAAGCUGGUCGAGCUUCAACACAAAUUUGACGAGCUUGAAUCGCUAGACAUUUUUCAGCCCUCUGAAAACCUUGACAUAACCGUUGAAUACUUUAAUCCAUCAUUCCUCAUUAAGAAGCCAAGUGGAGCACACCGACUAGUCACUGCCUUUGCUGAUGUUGGUCGAUACAGCAAGCCACAACCAUCUCUAUUACCCGAUGUCGAUUCCACCCUCCGAACAAUCGCCAAAUGGAAGUACAUCGUAUCCGACCUUACCAACGCUUUCUAUCAGAUGCCACUUGCUAAAGGUUCCAUGAAGUACUGUGGCGUCGUGACUCCAUUCCGCGGCGUUCGAGUCUACACCCGAUCAGCUAUGGGCAUGCCAGGGUCAGAAACAGCCCUCAAGGAGCUCAUGUGUCGCAUACUCGGUGAUUGCCUAGAAGAUGGAAUCGCUGCAAAGCUUGCAAACGACUUGUACUGCGGUGCAGACACACCGGAGGAACUGCUCAUCAACUGGAAGAGGAUCCUAGACGCCCUCCAAAAGUGCAAUAUCAAGCUUUCUCCAUCCAAAACCAUUAUUUGCCCACGCAGUACCACCAUCUUAGGCUGGAUUUGGACACAGGGAUGCCUAUCCGCAAGCACCCACAGAAUUGCUACAAUGUCAUCGUGUCUGCCUCCCGAUACGGUACGGGGUCUUCGCUCUUUUAUAGGAGCCUACAAAGUCCUCGGACGUGUUGUACCACAGUGUGCACACAUCAUUGCACCAUUGGAAAGUGCCAUCGCAGGACAACAAUCAUGUGACAAGAUCAAGUGGUCAGAUACUCUGUCCCAACAAUUCAAGUUCGCUCAAUCCUCCCUGGCGAAUAACAAAUCUAUUACCCUUCCCAAACCAUCCGACAAACUAUGGAUAGUAACCGAUGGCUCUGUAACCAAAAGAGGAAUCGGAGCUACCCUUUACGUAUCACGCCAUCAAACCCUCCUCCUCGCAGGAUUUUUCAGUGCCAAGUUAAGAAAGCAUCAGGUGAACUGGCUGCCAUGUGAGAUUUAAGCAUUAAGCAUCGCUGCCGCCGUGAAGCAUUUUAGCCCUUUCAUAAUCCAAUCGCCUCACCCCGCUUGUAUCCUCACAGAUAGCAAGCCAUGUGUUCAAGCCAUCGAUAAACUGCGUCGAGGUGAAUUUUCAGCGAGCCCCCGUGUUACGUCAUUUUUAUCCAUCGUCAGCAGGUACCAAGCGGACAUACACCACCUCGCUGGCUCAGCGAAUGUUCUCUCGGAUUUCGCCAGUCGAAACGCACCAGAGUGCAGUGAACCGAAAUGCCAAAUUUGUAACUUCAUUUCAACCACAGAAGAUUCCGUAGUUCGAUCCACCUCCGUCCAAGACGUACACCACCUCCCCCGCUUACCUUUUACAACCCGAUCUGCCUGGAUCCAAAUACAAUCCGAGUGUCCCGACCUACGCAGAACACAUGCUCACCUGAAACAAGGAACACGUCCCUCUAAGAAAUUAACAAAUGUAAAGGAUGUUAAACGUUACCUAAAUUCCCUGUCCAUUGCCAAAGAUGGUUUAUUAGUGGUUCGUAGAACCGAUCCUUUAUCACCCUCCACCGAGUUGAUCGUAGUACCACGCUCCGUACUUGACGGUCUUGUAACAGCCUUACAUAUCAAACUCGACCACCCGUCAAAACACCAACUCCAACUGGUGAUGAGACGCAACUUCUUCGCACUUGACAUGCCAGCUGCCAUUGCUCAUGUGAGUGACACAUGUCACACGUGUGCCUCCCUGAAAAAGCUCCCACCUCAAGUUGUACAGCAUAGCACAGAAGAACCUCCCAAGGUCGUUGGAGUUUCAUUUGCCGCAGAUGUCUUAAAGCGGUGUAAACAAUAUCCACGACGAGAAAGCCAACACACUUCGUGAUGCUCUAGCUAAGUUAUGCAGCGAGCUGCAUCCCCUGGAAGGUCCACCGGCCAUCAUCAGAGUCGACCCCGCCCCCCGGUUUUGUUGCACUGCGAACCGACCCAACCCUUAAACGCCUCGGCUUAUCCCUAGAGAUCGGACGCGUUAAAAACACUAAUAAAAACCCAGUAGCAGAGAAGGCCAUCGCUGAACUCAAAGAAGAAAUCCUCCGCCAAGCACCCAAUGGUGGUCCAAUAUCGACUGUUACCCUUGCCAUCGCAACAUCUCGACUAAAUUCCCGCCUCCGGAGAGAAGGACUCUCGGCUCGCGAGCUGUGGACACAGCGAGAUCAGUUCACUCAUGAUCAACUUCCCAUAUGUGAUCGCAAAGUAAUCCAAGAGCAACAUCUACAACGAAAACAAAACCACCCGUAUAGUGAGAAAUCGAAAAACCGAAAUAGGAAUUCGUUUCCACCUCCUACAAUUAACGUCAGGGACUUGGUUUAUUUAGUCGCUGAGCGAGAUAAGACACAACCCCGCAGUAGAUACUUGGUCAUAUCUGUGGAAGACCCAUGGUGUGUCAUCAAGAAAUUUUCAGGUAAUCAACUGCGUGCUACAUCGUAUAAAGUUAAAACUACUGAUUGCUUGAUCGUCCCAAACCGGUCAAUAUCGAGUACACCGUAUCCCCAUUGUGACAGGGACAGUUCCGAUGAAGAAGUGUGUGAAGAAUGCCCAUAUCAGACAAGUAACGUUCCGCCCACGUUAACAACUCCAGCCGACAACAGCAUCUCGCCAACCACUACUCAGCGCCCUCAACGCAAACGCCAGUCUCCAGAUUAUUAUGGGUAUUAGAGAACAAAGUAUUACGUAAAUUGUUAUAUUGUAGUUAUACUAACAGUCAUCUUUCGUUGACACUAAGUUAAGAAGAAGAAGAUACCACGCCAUAAAUGGCAUAUUGAUAUUGUUUAUUUAACAGCAGUAAUUAUAUUGACAUUAUCAUAAACACCGGAACUUCCGGUUUAUCGCUAGUCACUCACGGACUGCUUGUACUUCGAAAAUACGAAUUGCUCUGUAAAAACAUAUAGUUUUAUCGUUCGUUAUUUGUGAGUCUUUCUUCUAUACUGGCGGUGCAACAUACGAACUGGCAUGUUAAUGGAGGCUAAUGCAGGAUUGACAGGAUAUCCUCUCUAAAGUUUUCACAGCCUGUGGAGAAACGUAGUAUUUCAAAACGCACGUAUUGUGCACAAACAUUGUGUGUAAAGGAAUAAUAUUCUGACAAUUAAAACUAUUCAGGCCUGCAAUAAAUUCAUGAACUGACAAACCACAACGGACAAGGGUUUAUCUUUUGUGAAAGCGCUGACAAUUUAUAGCAUAAUAUUAUUCCAGGUUAUUUGUUGACACAUGCACCCCCAUAAGUAACACAUUCAUAACUACAAGAAUAGCCAGGCUCCAUUUUUGUCAUGGAAUUGUUUAAACGAUAGAGACAUACGCAACAUUAGAAACGCACGCAAACAUGAUUUGCAAUGAAAAACACCUCUGAGUCUUCGCCCAUAAAAUGGGAAAGGCCAGACAGCCAUAUUAAAAGUUCACCAAACUGUUCAUCACUGAAAGAGGUUGCAGAUCGGGCAGAAACAAUAUGGCUGUUUCUAAUAAUGCGUUAACUGCGGAAAGAAAUUUGGAUGCUUGCUAUGAUGUGGAUAUCGAAUGGUCCGAUUAUCCAAAGAGACUGGAAAACGUAAUAAGAUUUUUGGUUGUUAACCUGAUAAAAUUCGUAGUUGACCUAUUAUUAAUUUGUUGAGUCAAAUGAACUAUUUGCACAGCUUUUAAAUAACACGAGUGCUUAAAACGUGUUUUAGGUAUGCGAAUUAUGGGCCAAGAGUAUGAAACAGCAAAAGACUACAAUAUUAAUUGGUCUAUUGUCAGUAGUUUCAUUUUGUCUUGGGCACUCGUGUGUUGAAGUGAAGUCUGCGUGGAACGAACCUUUGGUGAUUUGGACAGCAGUGGUGUUAAAAACAGGUUCGUCCGAUUUAUAUUUCUGAAAUACAUGUUAUAGGAAAUGUAUAGCAUCCGCCAUCACAUAUAUAUACUAUACAAAAAUGUAUACGCAUGUAUAUGUACAAUUUACCUUUCUUGCAUGUAUUCAAAAUUGGCCCUAAUUUUCACUAAGUCUUAUAAAUACACAAGGUUUACUGAUUUUGCAAACUUUAAAUUCAAUGCGACAUUUUAGCCUGCAUAAUCUCACGCCUAGACAAUGUUAAUAAUGCGCACUCUCACACAGAUUAUGUUCGACAGUUUUGUUUUCACUCAACUGUGCGCGAGCGACUUCUAAUACAAAGCAAUUUCAAAUAAAAGUAAGGUAUAACGACUUAAUAACAACAAAAAGACCAAUUAGCCCAUUGCAUGAGUGCAUGUAGAAUUGAAAUUAAAAAUCUUCCAUAUUAGCGGGUGGCAUUGCAUGUUGGGACUGAGCAACAACUAAAUAAUAAAAUUAAUUUAAAAAAAAUAUAUAUUUCAUUUAUUUCCUCUUCCUUGUUGUCAUCAGCUGCUGUAUAUCAUGGUUUCAUAUAGGAAAAAGGUUCUAGACAUUGACUUGCUGGUGAAUAAAAACCCCUACUUUAUGUCUAGACAUAUUGGCUCAUGCAUGUAUUAGUGUAUAUAUUGAUGUCAGGAUUUCUGGCAUCUCACUCGAUAGAACUUAAUAAUGUUGAAAGAUUUUUAAGAUUGAAAUGUAAAUGUUACUGAAUAUACAUUGUGUAAAUGUUACUGAAUAUACAUUUAUUAACCUAUCACCAGCAGCUGGUUGUUAGGCAUAACAAUUAAAAUUUGCCAUGGAUUUUCUCAUCUACAAAACCCUUCAACAUUAUUAAUGCAUGUGUUUUAAUCUAUUUCUUAAUCGAUAAUAUUCCAUAUAUAACUUCGCUUGAUACAAAAUAUAUCCGGCGAAAUUUCAUGAACACACUUGGUUUUCCUAUUUUCCCAAAAUAAUUUAGGGAUAGAAAUUUCAUAUAAGUGUACCGUUUCCAUAUAAGUGUAUUGCUACAUUAAUUAUUACUGCAAUGUAUAUAAAAGCAUAGAUUAGAUAUAAGUCCCCGUUUAAAUGGGACUGACUGCAACCACAGGCAGCCCAAUCUCGCAAGGGUCAGUAUAGACUUAUAUGUAGUAUAACUGUAUAUUAUAUUAAUGUAUAUAAUAUAGUAAAAAUAUGUCAUAAAAUAUAAAUUUUAAAAUGAAAUUGACUUGCCUAUUUGAUAGUGUGUGUUCUCCUUUUAUUCCUCCUUUGUUGGACUAAUAUUUUCCGAGACUUUCUACUCAAUGUUACUAGUAUACAUGAAACAUGAUAAAGGCUAACGAUUUCCGAUCGUCGAUACGACGGCACAGCACUUCGAAUCGAAAAUUCUCACACUCAAAUCGCUUUAUUCUCCAAAAAAAUUCGCCAGCAUGCAGAACAGAUGCAGUUCUUCGAAAAUACGGAGAUACUUCGGCGAGAUGUACAAGUUUUGGACCAUAUUUUAACAAUGGAAAUCAAAACCCAUUUUAUAUUGAACUUGCCCAGGCCGAAAAUUACUACGGCGAACGCCUGCGCAACUAGGCCUCCUUUACCAUUGGGAUUUACAGGGGGGGGGGAGCAGAUAUUCCCGGUAACAGCCAGCCAAUCGCAAGGGUGAUAGCGACUGUUUACAUUAUUUGAAAUUUGAUAUUCAAAAUAAAAACUCCUUCGAUCGGAUACUGUAUAAAACUCAAGACGUUGUCGAAGAAAGGAAAACUGAACGACGGAGAUUGUAGGAAUUUAAGGAAGAAGAAAUAUACAGCAGCUCUUUGUUGGAAAGCAUGGUAGAAUAUGAUACUUUAAUUCGAAAUAUGAUCUUUUAUAUAUUAGUGGCAUCAUCCCCCCCCUCUAAAUCCCAACAGUAAAGGAGGCCUGGUUGCGCAGGCGUUCGCCGUAGUAAUUUUCCGCCUGGGCAAGUUCAAUAUAAAAUGGGUUUUGAUUUCCAUUGUUAAAAUAUGGUCCAAAACUUGUACAUCUCGCCGAAGUAUCUCCGUAUUUUGGAAGAACUGCAUCUGUUCUACCAUGCUGGCAAACUUUUUUGGAGAAUAAAGCGAUUUGAGUGCGAGAAUUUUCGAUUCGAAGUGCCGUGCCGUCGUAUCGACGAUCGGGAAUAGUUAGCCUUUAUCAUGUUUCAUGUAUACUAGUAACAUCGAGUAGAAAGUCUCGGAAAAUAUUAGUCCAACAAAGGAGGAAUAAAAGGAGAACACACACUAUCAAAUAGGCUAGUCAAUUUCUUUUUAAAAUUUAUAUUUUAUGACAUAUUUUUACUAUAUUAUAUACAUUGAUAUAAUAUACAGUUAUACUACAUAUAAGUCUAUACUGACCCUUGCGAGAUUGGGCCGCCUGUGCUGCAACGAAGACAAACGGUGAAAAUUUCGUUUCCAUACGAUUUGGGAUUGAAUAUAAUAUCCAAUUUUUGAGCAUCCAGUGAAUGAUUCCAGCUAUCGACUAAUUUUAGAUCUAGACAAAAAAGACGAUCUAUCAUUAUAGCUCAACAGAGCAUCCUAAAAUUAGCAAAAUUUGGUAACUAAAUUGAAAUGUUGCAAAAAUACGAAAAAUAUAAAAAUACUAAUAAUAUAUAUAUAUAUUUAUUAUAUAAAAUAUAGUGCUUUAUAGAGAUUUCGAGCACUGAUAAAAGUGAUAAUCUCACAUGUGAAAAUUAUUGCUUUUCCAAUUAUCGCUUUUCUGUAAAAAUUAUCGCUUUUCAAAGACUGUGCUUUAUAUAAUAAACAGAAAAAUACAUGGGUGCGCGUGAAAUACCAGAUUUAUUUCGAGUGUUGGACAUGAUAUCACACGAGUGAGCGCAUUUUUGUAUUACGCGCGAAAAAUGUAAAUUUGCUAAUUUCAAAAAUUUGAUAAUUUCAAAGUGCUAUAUUUUCCGUAUUUUACAACAUUUCACAACCGAAAUUGGCAAUGUUACUAAUUUAAGGAUGUUUUUUUAAUGAUAGAUUUCGUCCUUCCUGUCUGGAUAAAAAAUUAGUCGAUAGCUGGAAUCAUCUAUCGCAGCACUGAAAAUAAUAAAUUUUGUCUGACUGAUGGUAAAAUUUUGAAAAAGAACCCAACGCGUGGAAGGUGUAAUCUUGAGUGCAUGGUUUUGCGUUGAAAACUUGAAAUGAAAAGUGAACGUUUCAAUUAUUUUUCAAAAUUAGUGAUUCAAUGAUUAAUACUAGCUAUAAACUAAAUUUUGAUCUAGACAAGAAGAACGAAAUCCACUGCCAUAGCUGGAAAAAGCAUCUUAAAAUGAGUAAAAUUGCAAAGUUUGGUUGCGAAUUGUUAUAAAAAGAGAAAAUAUAGCCCUGUGAAGUUCGCAAUUUUUUUAUGUAUUUGGAUAUGCGCGGGAAAAAACCAUUUUUAAGCUGAAAGUGGUUUUUUUCGCGCGCGUAAUACAAAUAUAUACAAAAUUUUCUAACUUCACAGGGCUAUAUUUUAUUCAUUUUACGACAUUUAGCAACCGAUCUUUGCAGUUUUACUCAUUCUAAGACGCUGUUUCUAGCUGUACGUGCUGUUGGAUGUUGUUCUUCUUGCCUUGAUCAAAAUUUAGUCUAUAGCUGGAAUCAACCCUUUGAAAAUUUGGGUUUUUUCAUACACUUCCUUACAUAGUUCACAAACAUGUGAACACAUCGGUCUGACCUGGGUUCCAUUCAGAUGCGCCGCAGUUUUAGCUGUACACGCAAAAUAAAUGUGCAUGCAGGUAGUUAAUUAAGAGUGUCAAUUUUCGACAUGUCUGGGCAUGCAAAAGAGUUCGAACAAUGAAUUUAGAUAACUUGUAUUAGUUUCGGCAUGGACAUGCAUGAAAAGCCCCACCUUUCACGAGCAAUUUAUAAUUACGGUAAAACAGCUGCAACAUCAAUGACGGACCUUCUCGUCUAUUUUAAUAAACAUGAAGAUAACAUUACAAAUGAUAAAAUCUGAAGAGUAAAGAAAAACCAAAAACAUAUUUAAACCGAUCAACAGGGCUGUUUGAGGUCAAUUUAAUAUGUUUAUCCUCGUUUCAUUCCAUUAUAUGAAAACAGGCUGUAAUAUGUAUAUUCGUAAUGCAGUAAUACAAUUUUGAGUAUAAAAUUUUGAAGCUCACCUGUGAAUAAAAUUAUGUCACUAAAAUAGAAAAACAAAUUAAACAUGCACAAUUACCGAUGUCAUGAUCAACAUCCAUGUGUCCUAUUUUUCUCAUAUUCAGGAAGAUGCAAGUCUGCAUUUCCCAGGUUUUUAGAGAUCCUUUUAGAAAAGGUUGAAGAAAAGCUGAAGAAUUUGCAGAGCAGACGACGCCAUAUGGUCCUUCCACACUGCACCUGGAGAAAUUCUCGCAACCAACGGUGGAAGAAUAUACGGCCUUUUCGAUGAACUGGUAUCCUUUUUUUCAACCAUGAACAUGUAUUCAUCGGCAAAAGGUCAGGUUCAGGACAAUCGAGAGUACCAAGAUUUCCUCAAGAUGUUCACGGGAAAAGCGAAAACAAGAGAAACAGGUGAGAGAGCAUAACUAUCUACUAACUUGCAUUAAAACUUAUAAUUAGGCAGACAAAAUUAUGAAAAAUUUUCAUAUUUCAACAAACAUUUGGCAUUAAAUGGGAAAAUUAAGUUGUUGUUUACUAAUAUAUUACUAUUUAUAUGUUGUUUUACUAUAUAUUACUAUGUGGUUUGCUAUUAAUAGUGUUUUAAAAAGGUUUCUAAAAAAGAUAAAUUCUGAAAUUACACUGAAAUACUUUCGCCUGCUUCCACUUUUAAAUAUGGAAUUUCCUUAAAAAUUCCUUGCCGAAGCCGGAGUUUUGACUGCCGGAGCCGGAGCUAAAUAGCCGGAGUUUGCGCAGCUCUACAACAAGGAAAGGGUGUCUGUAGUGUAAAUUCGUCUGACGUACAGUAUAAAAUGUAAUAUCCAAAAUCUGUGAUCUAUUUUUAGUUACAGGAAAUGCGAACUUUGACAUGAACCAAACGUCGUUCACAUUAUUGGGAUUUACUCAACCACAUUCAGCUUUGCCAAUCUUACAAGACGUAGAGAGCAAUGCCAAAGGGUUCACCUCACAAAUCUUGUGGUACUUUCCCAGACAUAUAUACAGCAAGUUUGCUGAUCUCCAACUCACAGAAGAGGAUGAACAGCUACUCAAUGAGACCGAAGAAAUACUUGGUAAUUCAUGUUGUCCAUGUUAUACAAAUAAUUCUACCGUUCUUUAAUUCUAUGCUGCAAAGGUUCAAUGGUUGUAUGAUUCCACCGAGUUCUAGGUUUUAUGGUUCUCUGUAGUUUUAUAUAGUUCGAUACAAUUUUAAAAAGAAUUUGCAAUUAGAACAUUUGUUAUUGUCAUGAUAUAGUUAACUUGUUGACAAGUCUAUAUGAAAGGGGUGAAAAAACGUAUACAUCAGAAGAUAUCGCAAAGGUAGUGGUCGUCAAUGUUCAAAGGAGAAAGUACAUCCUAUCUCAGGAAGCUCAGGAAACGUUUGCAGAUAUCCAUGAUAACUGGGAGAUGAAUAUUUGCAAAGCUUAUCAACAUGAUAUCCUUCUAAGUGGUAAGAAAUGUAUUGCAAUUAUAUAAAUAUGCAGUAGAGAUUAGAUUUCCUCUAUUUCGUAUUUUAUAAAAAUACAAAAAGAUACAAAUUCGUGGGGACAGCCACUUUCAAAUAAAUAAUAAAAAAGGUUGAGUUCAUUGUUUCACACAACAGCAGAAAAUUUAAAGUAGUACUUAAAAUCUUCAUUUUCGGAAUUAGUGCUCUAAGAUUGGUAUUUCUUUAGAAUAAUGAAUUGUUUGCGUUACAAUUCAAUUUCACAGGCUUGUUUGCAAGGGGAAACUCUCAUGUCAUAAGGCUGUCUGUUCCUAUGCAAAUAUUAUUGGACACAUUUGCAGACGAGACCAAUGAUGGACAUGGCCAUGGGCAUUCGGGUGAAGAUUUAAUGCCGACAGACGUUGAAACGUCUCCCGAAGACGUUGGAAUGCCUGCCGAAGACGUUGAAGCUCCUGCCGAAGAUUAUAAAGCGCCUUCCGAAGACGAUGAGACAUCCUCCAAAGACGAUCAAGAGCCUGCCGAAGAAGAUGACCAUGAAAACGUCACUGAAAUAAGCUCUAAAGCUCUACUUGUUUCCUAUUCCUUAGUUGACGUUUGUUUACGACAUGUUUGUGAGUAUAAAGUCUGUUUUAGCAGUAAUCUGUGUAAUUUUAUUAUGUACCUGUAAAAUGACAUGCGGAAUAUACUGUACAUAUGUUCUGUAUACCAUUAUUUGUUUGGAGUGAAUAAUGUUCUUUCCCUUCCAUAAUUCCAUUUAUGAGUCUGGUGAAAUUAUCUCAUCAUUUCCAGACUAUUUCAACAAUUCGGUUUAAAUAUAGUUGGAUAUAAAAGUUUAAUAAAUCUGGACGGUCUUAUGUAACCUUAAAAUUAAGUCGCAUUGUUUUAUCUCAAACACAACAGUUUUUGUAUAGGUAUAAAAUGUUUUGGUGCGAGGACUACAAAAUAAUGAUCAAGGAAAAUAUUAAGACCAAAUGCAAAGUGAAUAAGUAUGUAUAUUAUUACUCAACUUAAAAUUGUCCAGUCUGGAAGCUUAGUCGUUUGUGGCCUGUGACCAUGAAAUCGAUUGCGAUAUCACGCCUUACGUAAUCAAUUACCAAGCCUGUGUUCCUUUGACAAUGUUCCAUGCCAUUUUCCCCGGGGAUUAUGGGGUUGAACAUUAUUUGCGUAGACCACGCAAGACAACACACUGAUAAAAGUAACAUCACGAAUAUAAUUUUUUAUAUAUGUUCUUAUUUCAGGUUUGAUGAAUGGUAAAUCUCCAAACACCCAAGAAAAGGAACCUGACAAAGAAUUAGACAUCUCUAUGCCACAAUAUCCCUUGGCAGUUCCCGAGGAAGACCGAAAGGUCAUCAGAACCACACUCCUGACAAGCGGAAAUAUUGUUUCUUUAAGCCUACUUCUCCUUAAAACCAAAAUAAAGAAACGAAGCACAGAAACCGCGGCUGCAGUUGGAAAACGCCUUUUUUCAUAUUUGGCCGAGAUGGAUCUUGCAGAAAAACGGCAAUAUCAUAUUAGGCGAAACAAAUCAACCGUAAGUAUAUACAUCACACUUUUGCAAUAAAUAAUUUGGUUGCAUGCGAACCCAUCUCUGUGCAUUUUUAGUUUAGGUUUGAUUUUAUCGCUUUACAAAACAUUUAUUUUCAAAAUUACUAAGCCAUUUGAAACACUCGCAAUCCGUCCUUUAUCAGAUAUAAAACAAUCGAGCGCGCUCUUGUGUUUUAUAUCUGAUAAACUAGUCCUGCUCGUGUUUUAAAUAGUACAUAACUUCAGUAAGGAAGGAUCCUUCCACAAAUCCAACGAUAGUCAGAUAAUAAUAUAAGUACUAUUUAAAACACGAGCAGCACGGACUGCGAUUGCUUUAAAUGGCUUAAAAAACGACCUAUCUGAUGAGUUCAUUCGCGAUGUGAUUUUAAAAAUAAAGUUCCCUAAGCCGAGAAAAUCAAAGCUAAAGUUUAUGUAAAUAAACAUGAUUUUUUAUCACAUAUUAAACCACCGAGACGGUAGUGAUUUUGUCUCUUCCUCAUGAAUUAUUAAUCAGUUUUCUUUUUAAUAAUAAUAAUAAAAUUUAAAUUAAUCCUAUUUAGAAAGCACGCAAAAGCAAUUAAAAUUAAAAUAAUGAACAGUAAUAAAGAUGAAUUUUUUUCAGUCGUUGUAAUUGCUAUGGGUAUUUCUAACUUCACUUCUUUCGAUUUAUAGGUGCAGUUCCUUCUCAAAACGCCAGUCCCGGUUGAGAUCCUUCCAAAAAUGAGCUUUGCUCAAACUCUAGCCAAACAUGGCAUUUCAUUACGAGAAUAUCAGAUGUCUCUGGAACUUGAGAAUAAAGAAAGGUGAGCAUGAUUUAAUUAUUCUCUCCAGAGAAUACGCGCUCUAUCUUUUUCUUCCGAACCGCCCGCAAGACAUUAACUUCGCAUUCGGGCACGUUAAGACAUUUUUCGCUAAAAACGAUCACUUGAAAAAAGACCAAAAUCAACUAUUUUUUGUUUAAUUUAAAUCAGAUAAGGUGGUCAUUGAUCUAAAAGUGCAUAAACCAAAUGAAUCAUAAACGUCGGGUAACAGAUAAAAAAUGUAUCAUUUCUUUAAAGGUAUAUGACCAUAAAAUUAACUUUCUCUUAUUUGAAAGAACUUUUAAAGUUAUAAAUGAAGACCCUUUACAAUCUUUUCGUACCUUACUUGGUUUUCGAAAUAUUUUGAAGAAACCAGUGUGUAAUCCGCCAUCGUGGUAAUUAGAUAAUCAUAAUUGACUUAACUGAGUUUUUACGACGUCACAAGCAGGGUGAACUUGCUAAAACUUCUUCAUUUGGGACUAAAUUUCUUCGAAAGGUUUUUUAAAAUGUUGAGCGUUAAUUGAGUAAUAAAAAGACUUAGAAAAAUCGAGUUUCAUACUGAUAAUAACAUGUGGUUUGCAAAAUUGGAAUAAAACUUUUUAACUAUUUGUGACAUAUGCAUAUCGAGUGCAUAUCCAAGAUGGCGAAAUGCACGCUGCUUUUGAUGAAAAUAAAUCAAUUUCUUUGGAAACCCAUGCAAGCAAGUUAUUUUAUAUAUAAUUUUAAAUGUUCUAUAUAUAUUUUUCCUUAAAUUUUAUAUACAAGGCAGUUUAUAUACAUUUUUAAAUGUUCUUUCAAAUAAGAGAAACUUAAUUUAUAUUGCUAUAUCCCUUUAUAAAUAAAAAAUAAAUUCUCAUAAAUUUAAAAUUAUGGCGAAAUGGGAUAAUGAUUAAUGGUGUAUUGUUGCACUUAUCUCAAUUUUUUCAAUAUAGCGAAGACCAUCUAAAACAAUGGAACCCCAGAAAAGAGGCAUAUGACAACACGUCACCAGAUAUGGCAACCCCACCCAAGAGGCAAGAACAACAAGACAACGAUCUCAAUGAUGACGAAGACGUUAACACUCAACCUAAUAAAUUGCCACAAAAUGAGUAG